AUGCAAAAGAAAGUGGUGACUACCGAAAUUGGGCGUUCGCUAUUCGCCACCGUCCAUGGCCUUCGAUACAUCGAGUGGACGCUACACAUAUACAAAUUGAAAACAGAGUUUUCAUUAGAGCUGGUACGAGAAACGAACUGCAACAUUCUUGGGGAAUAUCGGGUACUAUUCAGCGCUCGAUCAGGAACUGGCAAAAAGACAGAAUCAUGGCCGGCACAGUGGCACAAGUUGAAUCAUCGUAUAGAAUAUGUUCCGGACUGUAACGAAAAGUUAGCCGAACUAUACAGAAGCGAUGAAUUCAGUCGGGGCCAAGUCCAAGUUGAAAUUCAAAUGGCGUUUGCGGCUUCCGAUUUCGAAAACACCAUCCCCCCUAUUGACCCAGAUCCACUACUUGUACUGCUGCCUUAUGGCGAAACUGAUGAACGAAUGCUGGCUCUUCAUUUCGUACAAAAUAAUUACUUGCAAGCUUUUUUAAAACUUUCCUAUCGAACAUGUCCAAAAUUAAGUAAAACGCUCAUAAUGGGUAGCUGGUCAUAA